AUGGUGCCCGCACCAACAAAGCUCAGCUCCCCCGGCGGCGGCGCUGCAACCUCCACAGCUUGCACCGUCACCGAUCAAGCUGCCUCUCGACUCCGAUCCCUCGCCUCACCCCUCCCACAAGAACUAAUCACCUCCAUCCUCGAAUUCGCAGCAUCGACCUCCUUCCAACCUCGUCAAAAACUAACCUUGCUCCUCCUCUCCAAAUACUACACCUCCCACCUCUCCCCCUUUAUCUACUCCACCAUCACCCUCGUCUCCUCGAACGCCAUCCAUUCCUUCGCCUCCCUCGUCAAGUCAAACCCCAAACUCGCCCGUCAUGUCCGCCGGCUCUGGGUCGGUCCCGAUUCUUCCUCUUCCGACCUAAUCACCGCCCUCUCCCCACCUUGUUACAACGAAGCAGGCUAUAUCACAGAUAUGCGGGAGCAUAUCCACACAUCGGUCCGCACAAUUCUCCGUUCCUGUCGCAAGCUGCAAGAUGUAGCGCUGGCGGGGGAACUGUUGAGUUUGCAUGCAGCCCAUACCUACGGUUCGGCCUGUCAGCCUGUGAGGUUGACUAGUAUCAAUCCGCAUAGCUUUGUAGCAGGCUUUUCAGCACCGAUAUUUAGGAAGGUGAAGGUGUUGAGGAUUGUAGAUACAAAUUUGGCCUUUGAAGAGGCGGAUCAGAUAAGGACGCUGGCCGAGUUGGAGUGGUUGGUGUGGAGCGCUCCAAAGGAUUAUGGCGAUAUUAGUAGGGAUAGUAGAGUGUUGAGGAGACUGUUGCAGAGACCGAGGAGACAUUUUGGACCGCCCCCACCAGGGUCGGAGCCCACGACUUCAGCAACAACCAACUCGGAAGUAGGGACCGGCCUCUCUACUCAGCCUCCUGCACUGGGGAGAAUGAUGGAGGAGGAGAUUAUCCCUACACUCGGCCAAGUCUGGUCGGAUCUAUCGGCACUUGAACUCAGCGAGGGUCUCGCACCCGCUCGUCCUAGCAAAAACGACAAGUUCAGACGGCUUACGAUCCAAACCGCCUACAACAGGUGUUUGGAAUUCCGACAUCUGCUAUCGGAUGCCUAUCCAUUCUACCCACAACCAUCUACCCCUCUCGCUCCAACGGACCCGACAGGAGGUCUAGCCGCAGGCCUAGACGCAACACUUGAGGAUUUGCAAAGCGAAUCAGAUGCAAGCUUAAACGUCCCAAUCAUCCACCCAACCGUAUUGGCAGCCGUAGUGUUGGACGAAUGGGACGCACUCCGAGACCUAAUCAAUAACGCAGGAGGUCAGUAUACAAACCUCGACAUCUGCGAUCAAGGCGAACAAAGUGCCCUAGUCGACGCAGGAAAUGCUCUACGAAGACAGAGAAACGUUUGGGAGCGGAUAAGCGAUGUUGGUCCCCCCCUCCACCUCCGCCUCGAUCGCAAUACCAUGAAUGCAAUUCGCACGGAACACAAACACACCUCUGAGGAACGCUGUUUGAAACGUUGA